GACAGAAAGAGAAAUAUGACAGAAAGUAACCAAGACAAAUCAUGAUCUAAAUCUUUGGCCAAAUCACCAAAAUCUGAAUAUUUUUGUGUUUAUCGUGUAAUAUAAAAAUUCCCUAUGUCUUCCACGUCGUUCAGUGAUUGUGAAAAUUGUGAUUGCUCUGAAUGCACUUAUUUGCUUGAAGAUAAACGUAACAGCUACAUAUAUUAUCAUGGGAAAUCGAAGAUAACCAGCCGACGCGGCCCUACGUUUACCACUAUGGCUCAUCCUAUGGUAUACUACGCUGAAGUACCCCGGUCUAAAAACAAGACCAAGUGCAAACCAUGCCAACCCAAGAAAGAGAAUUGUUUUGUGAAAGCUUUCAAAUGGUACACACAGGAACGUAUACCAGAAAGGUAUGAUUUUCACCCUGAAGUGACCAGUUUCGCCGAUUGGUUGGAUAGUAAAUACGUGGAGUACCUGUCCGAAGGGCAACAGAACCAGUAUUACGAGUUGAAGAUACAGAAGACGACCACCGUAGAAGAAGCUCCUCCUUGUUCAUAUCGUGAACCGUGUGGUAAAAAAAUGUCACGAAUCAAAAGGACACAUAAUCAAAGCUGUGAGUUCAUACUGCAACCGAAGGAUUUGUCACGCGCCGCAUCUGAAAAUUGCUAUCAAACUCCAACUGGGAUGAGAUCCAACGCUACCGUGACAUCGUCCAAUGCACCCGUUAGUGGCAGAUGUUCGGGGAGAUCACAAAGCCUCAGUAGUAUCUGUGAGAAGAGUGUGUUGAAGCCCAUUGACACCAUUCCCCAAAGAGCCCAAGAAGGUCCAAAAACAAAGUCGAUCUGCCCAUCAUGUCAACAAGAUCAAAUUCAGCAAGUGCCGUCGAAAACACGAACAGUAUGCAUUGCCUGCCAAUUUCCAGAAGGGAUAGUAAUUCCAAUCAACGUAGAAGUACAGUGCGAGCCUGCAGCACAGGAACCAACAACACCAAGCUGUUGCAAUGUAGACACAGGAAAUGCACCGAUAUCGCGGCAGGCCAGUAAAGUAUCAAGUGUUCAGAUCGUCGUUUCAGUAGAAAAGUUACCACUCACAAAACCAAAAAAGGAGAAAAAGUUACAAAUAUCUUGUCAAUGUCCUGAAGAAAAUGCAGUUGAUACUCAGCCCCAGCGUCAGCCCGAUCCGUGUACAUGUUGUGUCGCUACCAAACGGGAAACUCAAGAGGUAAAUCAGAUAUUUGGUCCUAAGCCUAUAGGGCGGCAAUCUCAAUCUACUGUAACUGUAGUCGACGACAAGUGUAGUUGCGCAGCGAAGGAAGCAGCGGCGACUAAAAUCAUCUGCGUGAUGGAGGACGCCGCGCAAACAUCGGACCAUGCCAUAUGCUUCGACAAGGGUGUCGCCGAUUAUCCGCUCUUUAUGAAAAUUGUCUGCGCCGAUAAGUUAAACACAGAAUGCACAACAACAAAGACAUGUUCGAGUUAAUAUUUCUAUGUGCAUGUAUCGUGUAUGUUCGUAUGUAUAUUUGUAAUAAUUACUACUGAAUAAAUAACAAAAUAAUUAUUAUAAUGAAACGAGCAAUAAAAAUAAUAAAGGGUU